UUUGAUCCGCGCGGGUUUCUUCUUCUGUCCGGAGGUUGACAAAUUACGGAUUAGAGCCUAAUUCGGGGAGGAGAUGAAAGUGCUAGCGCGAGAGCUAGCAUCAUGACGCCGCUGGCUAAUUAGCCGGAUCGCUGCCGUCUGCGUUGCGGGCUUUUGUCGACAGAACCGCGGGGGAACAGGGGGUUCGAGGCGACGCGGUCGACUCUCCGCGACGUGUGCGAGCGGACCGCUAUUCCGUGGUUCGGUCCCGGGCGUGUUCUGGCCGGGUUGUCCGUGUGUUUGGGCUCCGACGGGCUGCACGGACAACAAAGCCAGCUAGCUCCGUUAGCCAGACACCGAAGACAACAGCCAAACUUCGCUCACAAUCCGCUCAACUUUUCCAGCUUUUCCAGCAUAUUUCUGUGCUGCGAGCGAAAAUUUAUCACGCGCAUCGUUGCUAUAGUAACUCGAAAGCCCAGAUACAAUUUUAACACCUUAAAAACGUGUACGUUUUCAUUAGAAAACAACUUUUUUUUAACCGUCACGUUUGGUGUCUGAAUACAGAUGUGGAACAAGAAUGCAGUUUAAGAGAGCCAUGGCUCAGAUCAGGAAGCUGGCAUGCGACGGCGUCAGGACGAACCCCCGCGGUGAGCCCCCGGCGUCGGCCCGGCAGGAGAUCCUCACCAGCCUGGUGUCUGCUCUCGACUCUGUGUGCAUGGCCAUGUCCAAGCUCAACGCCGAGGUGGCGUGCGUCACCGUGCACGAGGACAGCGUGAUUGCCGUGGGAACAGAGAAGGGUCGGGUCUUCCUCAACUCCAGGAGGGAAAUCCAGACGGACUUCUACAAGUUCUGUCGCUCCACGUGUCUCCAAAAUGUGAACUCUUCAAACUCUCAAGCCAAAGACAACGAGGUGGAGCGGAGCAAGCCGACUAAAGACGGCGAGCACGCGAAACACAGGACGACCUCGGAAGCCCAGUCCAACAUCUUCGUCCUGAGGAAGAUGGUGGACGAAGUCUUCACCGUUCUCUACAGUGAGGCUGUGGGCAAGAGCAGCCUGGUCCCGGUGCCUUACGACUGGAUCCAGAAGGAGCCCGGCUGCCUGGUGGCCCACGGUUUGCCUGAAGGAGUCGUGCUGAAAAAGCCCUCGGAGUAUGACACCAAGACGCUGAUGAAGAUCCUGGAGCAGAGCCAUCGGAUCCAGUUCUCGGUGAAAAGACCUGCGGAGGAGUCAUCUCGAGAGUCCAAGUCCAGUUCAGACCUCAGUCAUGGCGCUGCCGUCAUGCCCCACGUGGCCCAGAAGACCCCGGCCCACGUGGUCACCCCAUCAAGCACCCCCUCCUCCAGCAACUCGGUGCUCUCCAACUUCCUGUACGGGAUGCCCAUGUCCUCCAAACCUCAUCCAGACGGAAAACUGGACUUCAAACCCGCAUCCAUCGUGAACCUCGGGAAGGACCGGCUCAGCAGCACCUGGGCCGACAAGAGCUCCAAGGACCUGACUAAUGAGGAGGUGCCGCGGCCGGCGGGUGACCAGAACCAGAGUCCCACCAGCGUCCACAUCUCCAAGAGGCUGCUCUUCUCCAUCGUGCACGAGAAGUCAGAAAAGUGGGACUCCUUCAUCCGGGAGACGGAGGACAUCAACACGCUGCGGGAGUGUGUCCAGAUCUUGUUCAACAGCAGAUACGCCGAAGCUUUGGGUCUCGAUCACAUGGUGCCUGUUCCCUACCGAAAGAUCGCCUGCGACCCCGGAGCCGUGGAGAUCAUCGGCAUCCCGGACCAGAUCCCCUUCAAGAGACCCUGCACCUACGGCGUCCCCAAACUCAAGCGCAUCCUGGACGAGCGCCACGGGAUCCGCUUCAUCGUGAAACGAAUGUUCGAUGAGAGGAUCUUCACUGCUGCAGGGAAGCUGGCCAGAGAGGAGGGCAAGUACGAGCCCGGCUGCUCGCCCGAGGAAGGGUUCCCCGACGGUCUGAUCAUCCCGCCGUCCACCACCGAGAUCCUCAGCAACUCUCACAGCAGCAGGUCUGCCAGUGCCUGUGUGAGUCCUCUGGCCGACAGUGAGGCAGUGGUGAAACAGAGUCGGACCCUCAGUGAGCUCCUUCAUCCGUCGGCUCCCCCUGGAGACUCGGUUCAGAUCAAGAAGAUCAAGACAGAGCCACCGGACGGCGAAGUGGCUCAGGCGGCACCAGAUGUCGGCGCAGACGAAGCCGCCGAGCCACCGUCGGACACGCCCACCUCCGCUGCUCCCACCACUACCUCCCCCGCUGCUCCCCCGGCUCACCUGGCCCCCGCAGCAGAGAGCCACUCAGGUGUUUCUGCUGCAGCCGAGCCUCUGUCGCCGCCAGGCACAGCGCAGCCGGUCCGAAGAAGCUCAGAAGGGGGCAGUCUGGUGGACGACAUCGGUGAGAUGAUCCUGCAGCUCCGCCGGCAAGUGGAGAGUCUGUUCAGCGUCAAGUUCGCCGAGGCGCUGGGUCUGUCAGAACCGGCCAAAGUCCCCUACUCCAAGUUCCAGAUGUACCCAGAGGAGCUCUUUGUCACCGGACUCCCGGACGGAAUCUCGCUGCGCCGGCCCAACUGUUUCGGCGCCGCCAAGCUGCGGAAGAUCUUGGCGGCGAGCGGCCAGAUCCAGUUCGUCAUCAAGACGCCCAAACUGCUGAGCGAGCAGAAGCCGGACAUGCCGACGGAGCCGUUCUGCAAAGACAUGGAGGUGAAGGAGGAAGCGCCCGAGGAUGCCGCCACCGGCUCCAAGAGACCCGGCUUCUCGGAGUGUCUGGAGUCCAAAUUGACCCGCAUCGACUUGGCCAACACUCUGCGCGAGCAGGUCCAGGAUCUGUUCAACAGGAAGUACGGCGAGGCGCUCGGCAUCAAGUACCCGGUCCAGGUGCCGUACAAGCGGAUCAAGAACAACCCGGACUCGGUCAUCAUCCAGGGCCUGCCGCCCGGGAUCCCCUUCAGGAAGCCCUGCACCUUCGGCUCGCAGAACCUGGAGCGGAUCCUGGCCGUGGCCGACAAGAUCCACUUCACCAUCACCAGGCCGUUCCAGGGGCUGAUCCCAAAACCAGCUCCUCGCAGGGUCACGCUACUCAAGAAGUCGUUUGGCGCCGUCAGCGAGGAGGAGGACCUGAGCUGUCUGGGGGAGAAGGUGGUCCUGAGGGAGCAGGUGAAGGAGCUCUUCAACAAGAAAUACGGUGAGUCCUCCCCCGGCUCCCCAGAGAGGGCCGGCUCUCUGACGCCCUCCUGGUGCUGGGCAGGCGAGGCCCUGGGCCUGGACCGCUCCGUGGCGGUGCCCUACAAGUUGAUCCGCAGCAGCCCCGAGUCGCUGGAGGUCAGCGGUCUCCCAGACGACGUGGUCUUCAGGAACCCCAACACCUACGACGUGGCAUGCCUGAAGAAAAUCCUGCAGGCGGCCGACGGAGUUGCCUUCAGCGUCAAGACGCCGCUGCAGCCGUUCGCCGAGAUCUGCAGUCAGACGUGUAACACAGCAACAGAAGUCUCCAUAAAUCGACGGAAGCGGAAAAGAGUCCAGGAGAGUCAGCGAGCUCCGGCGUCAGCUGACCUGGCGCUGUCGACCAAUCAGAUUCCAGUGAUGCAGUGGCCGAUGUACAUGGUGGACUACAGCGGCGUCAACAUGCAGGUCCCGGGUCAGGUUCACUACUGACCCGGCGGUGCGGCUCCCCUCAUGCUCUCCAGAUGUUUGUACUUUUAUUUAUUCUAUUUAUUCAGUCUCAUGUGCAGGGAUGUAACAUAUCGUGUCACUAAGGCUUUUUUAUGUUGGAGCAUCACCCGUCUGAAUGUAACGUGAAGAGUGACGCUCUGCGGUGGCCACUAACUGAUAUUUCAUACGCUGUACCUUAACGCCAGCCUGGCCUUCAGAAUAAAAUGUGCUGCCUUGCUCUUCGGCUCUCCAAACCCCCGUGUCUCUGCUCUUUCAUUUUAAAUUCAGC